AGCUCGGCCACCGUAGUGCAUAACACGUGUGAUACUGUUUGCUAUUUAGGACACAUUUUUAGUUCCUCUUUAAGCUCGUUAGUGCUUCAUGCUAAUGUAACGGUGGGGUUCAUUUUGUAAGAUACGCUUCAAAUUUCAUUAUAACGUAAUUCUAUAUUGAAUGGUUUGCUAGUUACUGCAGUUAGCAUCAUUUUUGAAUGAACGCGACUCUCGCAGUUUGCCGAAUGUUUCUUCAGCUUGUUCACUCGUUUUCCCGUGUCACUUUGUUGUAAAAUAUUUAAUAUCAUGAGUGACAGUGACGAUGAUGUGCCUCAGCUCUCUGCGGCUACACUCGCGGCGUUGCAAGAUUUUUAUGCCGAGAGUGGAAGGACGGGAUUGGGACAAGUCUCAACCCCGACUGACAAGUACUCCGUCGGUGCCAUGGAGGAAGACUGGCACAUGAGUCAAUUCUGGUACAGUGAGGAGACGGCCACACGGUUAGCAGAGGAAGUCAUACAGCAGGCGGGCAAAAAUGGGAGGAUAGCUUGUGUGAGUGCACCUAGUGUGUAUCAAAAGCUGAAGCAGUUGGAAUCCGAGAGGUUAGACGGUGUCUCUGCUGUUUUGAUGGAGUAUGACCGACGUUUUGCAGCUUAUGGAGAUGAGUUCAUCUUUUACGAUUAUAACAACCCUUUGUGUCUUCCUGAGGAUGUCCCUUCUCAGAGCUUUGACAUUGUCCUCGCAGACCCUCCGUAUCUGUCUGAGGAGUGCCUCAGCAAGGUGGCGCUCACCAUUAAAUACCUCACCAAGGGUAAAAUCUUGCUCUGCACAGGAGCUAUUAUGGAGGAGCACGCAGGGAAACUUAUGGAUCUGAAGAAGUGCAGUUUUUUCCCAAAACACAAUCACAAUCUGGCCAAUGAGUUCCGCUGCUACGUUAACUAUGAAUCAAGCCUUCUGUCUUGAAAAGGCUUUGAAUCUGACAUUUUUAAACCUUGGUUGUCCCUUCAAAUAUCAGCAGACGAUUUGGAACAAUUAAUACUUUCACUCCAAGUGGAGAUUAGCAGGAUACACAGCAGAUGAUUUGUGUUUUAGAUUAUAAUUUUGACUGACUCAAUUACACAUUAUUAAGGCUUGCAGUCAUACAAACCACAGUAUCACUUUAACUUCCAAUGCAUAAAAUAGGCCAAGAGAUGAAUUUCCUAAACGCAUUUUUGUAUAAUAUAUUACAGGUAUACAAUAGAUUUGUGUGGAACCAGAUCAACUGUUAUUCAACAACACCAAGACACUGACUGGCUUUUUCCAAGUGCUUUGGCUUUUAAAUCUUUGUAUUUUGGCACCAAAAGUUUUCCUUUUGCCUGACACUGUAGACUACAAUCAGGAAUUUUUGAGGACAAAGUUCUCUCUUAGUUUUGCCAUAAUCACUUUAUUUUCUUGCAAUAGCUUGUUUUUGUUUGUUUGUUUUUAAUAUACAAGUUCAUCAGCU